UCAACCCGGCCCGGGCCCCCUCUUCAUCUCAAUGAAGUCGCAUAGAGUAUUCCUGGGGGCACCUCUGGCCAGGGAGAUCAACGAAGACAAAGAGGCGUAUCACUGGCAGACUGUAUCGUCGAUCGGCCCACGGAACAUAACCCUACUUCCCGAUACCAUUGAGGCCGCAAGCAGGAGAAUAUCGGCGUUGUAUGAAAACAUCAUAUUCCAAGAUGACGACGACGAGAGCCACUACCUGAGUGUAAUGGACGUCGCACAGAACCUGCAAAUGAGUCCUGUAGCUCAUCCAGAUGACGCAGCUGCCAAAACUUGGCCCCUUACCGUCCUCGAGACGACGGAGACGCAAAAUCUGUCAAAAGCAGCCUUGACAUUUCUGCGACCGACCGCCAGCAUAUCGCGAGUUCGCUCUAUGCUCGAGACGCAAGACACUCGUGCCUCUGGCUCGUUUGAGUACUCGGACGCAUCCUCCGUCGGGCGGUUUCCGGAGUUCCACUUCAGCAUCCACACUUUGACGACUCUGUCACAGUUGGCGGCACAUGCGCAAGCGAACAUUGGACGAGCCGGGACCACAGGACGAAAAGGAUCGCAAAAAGUCACUAUUUUGGCAGCAGUGCUUGAAGUCGAGGGUCCGGACACUAUCCGCAUAAAGAAGGGGGCGGAGGCUGGCAAGGAGGUGUCCCUGCUCAAGCUCAUCCUGGGCGACGAAGAAGGAUGCGUUUGUAAGCUCACUGCGUGGAGAGAGACAGCUGAAACCUGGGGCGGUGCAGACGCUGCUGCUGGCGUCAAACGCGGAGACAUCGUCCUGCUCGAAAAUGUCCUCGCGUCCUGGGGGGUCAGCGAGCCCACCACCGACAAGGUUUCUGGCAAUGCGGCCCCGGUGACACUCACCGCCUCCGCCAACGUCAAGUCUCGGUUGGAAAUAUGUUACCGCACCAUGCCCCUCAUGCAAGGCGACAAACAUUUCCGGCCGGACCUCAGGCUAGGAUUCAGCGACGCCUCCGUGCGCAAAGUCGCCGCCGUGGUGGAGUGGUUUGAAGACAUGGCCGGUCUCACGAGCCAGCCAUAGCAUCCCUGUGCUCCUCGCUUCAAGGCCACCGAGGCAAAGCACUGCUAAUGUACCGCACCCCCACCUUUCUCGCAGCUCGGAACUACUGCCCGCUGGGUUCGCGCAUACCGAUCGACACUGCACAUGCCUUCUUCAUGUCUCGUCUGAUCCACGUCGUCACAUCAGUGAUCGCCGAUUGCCUUUCGUGCCACCGCGAAGCUGGCGUGGACGCUUGUCGAGGUUGGGCUUCAAGUUUUGAUCCGGAAGGGUCGCUAGUCUGGGAUAUUGUCAGUAGACCGACAGCUUCGGGAGACGAUUAAUACGAGACAUGUACAGCUGUGACUUCCAGAGACUAGUAGUACAAUAUAUCAGAAACACACACUGCAACUAUCUGCACUUAACGACCGUUGAUCGUCUUCUGUCAUGUUUGAGCCCGA